CUGAAAUGUGAAUAGAAUGCGAUAAUUCUUUAUUGAACAAUGUCUAAUAGUACAUUUAUUGAUUUUGGACAACCAAUGACAGGAAUCUUAGCAAUUUACUCAAUAUCUGUCAUAAUAUUUGGAUCAUUAGGGAAUAUUUUAAUCUUAUUAACAAUAUCACAUAAAAAUUAUCUGUUACAGCAUGAAAAUGGUCGAUCUGUUGACAGUUCUUUUACUAGUAGUAUUGACAUAAUUAAAGGAAUAAUUUGUAUCAAAUCUUGUAAAAGAUCUGAAUUAUUACUGAUUCUGCUUACCUACGCUGAUUUUAUAUGCCUAUGGAUAAUAGUACUACGUUAUGCUAUUCAUUUAUCUGCAGAUCAAGAUAUACGAGCAAUCACUUUGACAGGAUGUCUCCUGCAUACCUAUUUAUCAAUGGUUGGUAGUAAUUUAAGUGUUGGUCUGUUAGGCAUCUUUUCUGUUCAACGUGCUAUCGCUAUAAUCUGGCCAAUGAUUUCAAAGAAAUUGUUAACACGAAAAUGUUUAUAUAUAUGUAUGCUAAUAACUUUAUUGAUUAUCCUGACUAAACAUCUACCUGUGUUUAUUUUAUUGAAUAUAAGACAACUAACACCAGAUUUAUAUGUAUGCGAUAUCAACUACAAUGACGACGAUAAUAAGACUAAAUUUAAAUACUACUAUUAUAUAGAAUUUAGUACGCAUAUAGUACUUGGUUAUGUGAUUCUAAUUAUCUCAAAUAUCAGUCUGUUUAUUUGUUUAAAUAUUCAAAAACGAAACAAAAUAUCCAAUGUUUCAAUAGGAAAUGAUUCAACAACACAAAAGUCGAAUAGAAUUCGUUAUAUGAAUUCUGCACGUUUAGUAUUGGCAUUAAGUUUCUAUCAAGUGAUAAGUUCUAUACCAUUUUUUGUAUUAGUUGAAUUACCCAGUGUAUCUGGUCGUCAAAUAAUACCAAGUAAUAAAAGAUGGUUAGCUUAUUAUAUAACAACAUUAUUAUUGUUUACAAAUAAUUCAUAUAAUUUUUUUAUAACUGUAUAUGUUAGUCAACAUUUUCGUAAAUCAACAAAACUUAUGCUUUUACAUGCAUGGAAUAGUUUAAAGUGUAAAAAGUAAAUACACAGUCUAUUGUGAUUAUAAUUUGAAGCUGUUUAAUUGACUCCAGUUGUAAGCCUGUGGUUUGAUGGUGUUACGAGGAGGCGGUUAAAACUAGAAUCAACAUUAUCAGUAGUCAUUGGCUGAUGAGAGGGGUUUUUGAUUUAUAUUGUUGCGUGGAUGUGAUAAUGUUAUUGGAUAAUUAUUCCGUUAUGGAGAAAAUUUAUUUUGAUGAAGUCACACAGUGAUAUAUACAGUAAUAUUUAUUGAUGACAACGUUUUGAGCACAAUUUAUUGCCACUCAUAAUCAUAUCAGGUUAUUGAAUAAUGUUUUACUUGAACCUUAUGCAAUCAGAUGUCCAACCUUAUAUCAUCAAUCACAUUUUGUUUAAUCACUUACCUAGCGUGAUUUUAUGUGUUGGAAG